UAGAACUGCCUGCCUCUGCCUCCAGAGAGCUGGGAUUAAAGGUGUCAGCCAUAACACCUGACCCUAAUUUUUAAAAUAAAACGCCUACAUGCUGUAGUUGAAGACAAGAGUAGGUAUACCUAUCAAAUUUAAUUCAGUUGAAUCUCCAGAGUAGAUUCAAAGAAAGCAUGGGAAGAGAAACUAAAGGGGCCUGGCAUGUAAAACAGUUACGUUAUCUCUUGAACUUUGAACUUCCACAUCACAGUAUGAAUUGGUUUGAAGAUAAGAAAUAGAAUAAAUUCUCUCUAGAGCACAGGACUGAACGUCUGCUAUCCUAGAGACACACACAGCUGAGAUCAUGGCAUUUGAUGGCACCUGGAAAGUGGACCGCAAUGAGAACUAUGAAAAGUUCAUGGAGAAAAUGGGCAUUAACAUGGUGAAGAGGAAGCUUGGUGCUCAUGACAACUUGAAACUGACAAUCACACAAGAAGGAAAUAAAUUCACAGUCAAAGAAUCAAGCAACUUCCGAACCAUUGAUGUUGUGUUUGAACUCGGUGUCAACUUUUCCUAUAGUCUAGCAGAUGGAACAGAACUCACUGGGACCUGGAAUAUUGAGGGAAAUAAACUUAUUGGAAAAUUCACACGUGUAGACAAUGGAAAGGAGCUGACUGCUGUCCGAGAGGUUUCUGGUAAUGAACUAAUCCAGACCUACACAUAUGAAGGAGUUGAGGCCAAGCGGAUCUUUAAGAAGGAAUAAGCCAGCUUCUCGUCUGCAGCAACGCUGAAAAGCUAAACCGAUGUCUGAUGUCUUUCUCUGCCAUGUUAAUGCCAAGUCCAUUCAUCACAUCAUGAGCACUGGUUUCCAGCCUUGUCAAAGCCAAAGAAGUAAAAGCUAAUUAGGACUUCGUUUGUUUUAUGAUCCUUAAGAUAUACAUUUACUUGUCUUUUAAAAGAAAAUAAAUACUUUUCUCACA